UGCUCGUGCGCUUCUGGACGAGAAAUUUUUUGCGUAAUCCAACGAAUCGAAAACAUAUUUAAACUUAACAAAAUGAAAUUCUUCGUGUUUGUUGCUUUGGCGCUGCUUGGCUGUGCGAGUGCUGCCCAGCUGCCCGAUUCGGCCACUCAGGGGCCCAAUCCACAGGACAUUGCGACACCCGAACCGGAAUACAUUGACAUCGAUGAACCAGCACCAGCUGCCCCAGCGCCGCGUCCAAAUGUGCAACGGAACCUGGCUGUGGCGCCUGUGCCCCGUCCAGUGAUUGGCCUGCCCCGUCAAGUGUCUGUGGCCCGUCCCAUUCCCGUCGCCCGUCCCAUUGCCGUGGCCCAACCCAUCGCCUAUGCCCAGCAGUCGAUCCAGCAGCGUGCCCAGUAUCUGCCCCCAUUCGCUCAGCAGCAGCAGGUCGCAGGACAUGCGUACAGCAGCCAGGCCGGCUAUCAGUAUCGUCGUCCAGUCUAUGUAAGACGCGUCUAUCGCCAGCGCCGCUACUAG